UUUUGUUUGUAGUUAAAUCGGUCUUCAAUUGUCGGCUGUUGUUUUAAUUGAGUAGCAGGUAAAAGUCUGCGCGUAGAUUAAUAAAACUUUUCGAUUUUAAUUAUUUAUUGUGGACCAUUGAUAAUUCAGUAUAAAUUGAAUUAAAAGAAGAACAAUGUCUGGAAUUGCAAUUACUCGGUUGGGAGAGGAAAGAAAGGCUUGGCGUAAGGAUCAUCCCUUUGGCUUCGUUGCACGACCAGCCAAGAAUCCUGACGGCACACUUAAUUUAAUGAUAUGGGAGUGUGCUAUACCUGGAAAGAAGGCUACUCCUUGGGAAGGUGGAUUUUAUAAGUUGCGUAUGAUAUUUAAGGAUGAUUAUCCAACAUCACCACCCAAGUGCAAAUUUGAGCCACCAUUAUUCCACCCUAACGUAUAUCCUUCCGGAACGGUUUGCUUGUCGUUAUUGGAUGAGGAAAAAGACUGGCGUCCAGCAAUAACAAUCAAACAAAUUCUUCUUGGGAUACAAGAUCUACUUAAUGAGCCUAAUAUUAAGGAUCCGGCACAGGCAGAAGCCUACACUAUAUACUGCCAAAACCGUUUGGAAUACGAGAAACGAGUUCGAGCACAAGCGCGCGCUAUGGCCUCAACAGAAUAAACUUCAUUAUUUCUCAAUAUUACACUACAAUUUAAUUUUCAUAUUUCGAUGAUUAUAAACAAAGAUAAAAAUACAAUUAAUUAUAACAUUAUCAAUAA